CACGGUGGAAGCACCAUGCCAAGAUGUUCCGCUCUGCCCUCCAGCCACAACUGGGACCACUAUGGACAGUGGCCAGCAGUCUGGACCUUCCUGAGGAAGAUGACAAUCAUCCUGUGGCUGCUGCUGUUGGACACCUCCCUACCUGCUGUGAGGGGCCAGACCAGAAUUCCUCUGGAAACAGUGAAGCUAUGGGCCGAUACCUUCGGCAGGAAUUUGUACAACACGGUGACCAGAUACUCAGGCUCUCUCUUGCUGCAGAAGAAGUACAAGGAUGCAGAAUCCAGUCUGAAGAUCAAAGAGGUGGAUGGCUUGGAGCUGGUGAAGAAGUUCUCAGAGGACAUGGAGACCAUGCUUAGGAGGAAAGUCGAGGCUGUCAAGAGCUUGGUGGAGGCUGCUGAGGAGGCUGACCUGAAUCAUGAGUUCAAUGCCUCUCUGGUGUUUAACUACUACAACUCGGUACUAAUCAACGAGAAGGACGAGAAGGGGAACUAUGUGGAGCUGGGAGCCGAGUUCCUUCUUGAGUCUGAUGCGCACUUCAGCAACCAGAGGGUGAACGUCUCCCUGAGCAGUGUACAGCUACCUACCAAUGUGUACAACAAAGACCCAGACAUUUUAAAUGGAGUCUAUAUGUCCGAGGCCCUGAACCCUGUGUUUGUGGAGAACUUCCAGAGAGACCCUACGCUGACCUGGCAAUAUUUUGGCAGUUCAACUGGGUUCUUCAGGAUCUAUCCAGGAAUAAAGUGGAAGCCUGAUGAAAACGGAGUCAUCGCCUUCGACUGCAGAAACCGUGGCUGGUACAUACAAGCGGCCACCUCUCCCAAAGACAUUGUGAUUCUGGUGGACAUGAGUGGCAGCAUGAAGGGGCUGAGGAUGGCUAUCGCCAAGCACACCAUCACUACCAUCUUGGACACCCUGGGAGAAAAUGACUUCGUGAAUAUCAUUGCGUACAAUGACUAUGUCCACUACAUUGAGCCCUGCUUCAAAGGCAUCCUCGUCCAGGCAGACCGAGACAACCGAGAGCAUUUCAAGCAGUUGGUGGAUGAACUGAUGGUCAAAGGCGUGGGUGUUGUGAGUCAAGCCCUAAUUGAGGCUUUCCAGAUCCUGAAUCAGUUCCAAGAGUCCAGACAAGGAAGUCUCUGUAACCAGGCCAUCAUGCUUAUCACCGAUGGGGCAGUGGAAGACUAUGAGCCCGUGUUUGAGAAAUAUAACUGGCCAGAUCGCAAGGUCCGAGUUUUCACUUACCUUAUCGGAAGAGAAGUGACCUUUGCUGACCGCAUGAAGUGGAUCGCCUGCAACAACAAAGGCUACUACACACAGAUCUCCACACUGGCUGAUGCCCAGGAGAAUGUGAUGGAGUAUCUACAUGUGCUCAGCCGCCCCAUGGUCAUCAACCACGACCAUGACAUCAUCUGGACAGAGGCAUAUAUGGACAGCAGGCUCUUCACCUCAGAGGCACAGAGCCUGAUGCUCCUCACCACAGUGGCCAUGCCAGUCUUCAGCAAAAAGAACGAGACGCGAUCCCAUGGCAUUCUCCUGGGUGUAGUGGGCUCCGACGUGACCCUAAGAGAGCUCAUGAAGCUGGCACCCCGAUACAAGCUUGGGGUACAUGGAUAUGCCUUUUUGAACACUAACAACGGCUACAUCCUCUCUCAUCCUGACCUCCGACCUUUGUAUAGAGAAGGCAAGAAGCUGAGACCCAAACCCAACUACAACAGUGUGGACCUCUCUGAAGUGGAGUGGGAGGACCAAGCUGAAACCCUGAGAAAUGCCAUGAUCAACGGGGAAACAGGUUCUCACUCCAUGGAUGUGAAGGUGCCACUGGAUAAAGGGAAACGUGUUCUAUUCCUGACCAAUGACUAUUUCUUCACGGACAUCAGUGACACACCCUUCAGCUUGGGAGUGGUGCUGACUAGGGGCCAUGGAGAAUACAUCCUCCUGGGAAAUACAUCCGUGGAGGAAGGCCUGCAUGACUUGCUUCACCCGGAUCUGACCCUGGCCAGCGACUGGAUCUACUGCGUCACGGAUAUCGACCCUGACCACCGGAAACUCAGCCAGCUGGAAGCUGUGGUCCGCUUCCUGACAGGGAUGGAUCCAGGCCUGGAGUGUGAUGAGGAGCUGGUACGGGAGGUGCUGUUUGAUGCAGUGGUGACGGCCCCCAUGGAAGCCUACUGGACAGCACUGGCACUCAACAUGUCUGAAGCAUCGGAGCCUGGUGUAGAUGUGGCCUUUCUGGGGACCCGGGCUGGUCUCCUAAGACGAAGCUUGUUCGUGGGCUCUGAGAAAAUCUCUGAUAAGAAGUUCCUGACACCUGAAGAUGAAGCCAGCAUUUUUACCAUGGACCACUUCCCGCUGUGGUAUCGUCAGGCCUCUGAGCAGCCCCCAGGCAGCUUUGUCUUCAAUCUCCGCUGGGAAGAGGGUCCAGACAGCCCAGGCAAGCCAGUGGCGGUGAGGGCCAGUACUGCAAUAGCUGUGACAGUGGAUGGGAAGACGGCCAUUGCAGCAGCUGUGGGCAUCCAGAUGCAAGUGGACUACCUCCAGCGCCAGUUCUGGGCAGCAAUGAAGCAGUGUGGCACUGGAGAGGGGCCAUGCCCAGAGAGCUGCGAGGACACUGAUCUGGACUGCUUCGUCAUAGACAACAACGGCUUCGUUCUGAUCUCAGAGAGACCUCAGGAGAUGGGAAGACUUCUGGGGGAAGUGGAUGGUGCUCUCAUGACGCAGCUUCUCAGCAUGGGGGUGUUCAGCCGUGUGACCAUGUAUGACUACCAGGCCAUGUGCAAGCCCCCGGACCAUCACCACAGUGCAGCCCAGGCCCUGAUCAGUCCUCUCUCUGCCUCCCUGAUGGUGGUCCGGUGGCUACUGCAUGAAUUCCUGCUGUUCCUGCUUCAGUGGAGUGCCUGGGGAUCUUGGUAUGACAAAGGGUCAGAGGCCAAAGCUGUCUUUCAUCACUCCCACAAGCACAAGAAGCAGGACCUACUGCACCCCUGUGACACAGAAUACCCAGUGUUUGUGCACCAGACAGCCAUCCAGGAGGCCAAUGGGAUCAUCGAGUGUGGGGCCUGCCAGAAGACAUUCGUGAUGCAAAAGAUUCCCAGCAGCAACUUGCUCCUCCUAGUGACAGACCGUACCUGUGACUGCAGCACCUACUCUCCCAUCCUCCAGGAGGCCACAGAAGUCAAAUAUAAUGCCUCUGUCAAAUGUAACAGGAUGCGCUCCCAGAAGCCCCGGCGGCGACCAGGAUCCUGCCAUGCCUUCCAUCCAGAGGAGAACGCCCAGGACUGUGGUGGUGCUUCAGACACUGUGGCUUCUCUGCCUCUGCUCCUGCUACCGCUGUGGGCCUGGCUGCUUCCACCACAGCUUCUGUGGUGACCCCAUCCUGUCUGACUUUCACAGAAGGGGACCCUUACAGAGACAUCCUAAAAAGUCGCCAGCUGAUGAGGGCCCAGCUCACAGCAGCGAGGUGUCUCCUGGCUUUCAGUCCUGGGCUACCAAUCUCUGUUGGAAGGAUCCCCAAGGCUCUCCAGGGUGCCGAAUACCAGCCACCUCGUCUUCUACUCCUGCCUCUGCUUCAGGACUCCAACAAGAGCUCAGCUGGAGGAAGGGGAGAUGUUACCAACGAUCAGAACCAGCCAAAGGGCUGGGUGUUUCCCUGGCUGGUCUACUGCAGAUCUGAGUUCUGGGGGCCAGGAUGAGCAGUGAGGCCCAUGCAGAGGCUGUGGCAAGAGUACACUCGCCACAGACACAGGAGUCCUUGGGAAGGCACUUUUAUCAAUCCCAGAUAGUGCAAGGGAGGACAGGCAAAGGGAGAGAUGGGAAGACUCAGAGAGGGACCAGGAACCAGGGAAGAAAUGGAAAGGAA